CAUCUUGGUUGUCUAAAUAGCAAUAACCUUGUCUUCAAAGCUCCAAAAGCAAAAUGUCCAUGCUGAAGAUCUUCUUUGUCUCGUUACUUUUGGGAGCACUGAAAACCGAAAGCAAGGUGUUUGUUUCCGAGAAGGAUCCACGCAAUGUCAGGCCGAGAGAUGCAAUUACUUCAUCAAUUGUCCGCGGAAUGCCGGUGAGGGAGAGGCGGAUGUUCUUUGUACGCAUUCUGUCUCUAGACUCCGAUCACUUUUGUGGGGGGACACUGAUUGAGUUGCAAUGGGUAGUUACGGCAGCUCAGUGUGUUUACCAUUCACAAGUUGAAAACAUCAGCGUCGAGGUGAAGGAUUUUUCGGAACCCCUGCUGGUCGAUGAUUCUAUUAGUCGAUUCAACUUUGUCGCCCAAGUUUUCUUUCCUCCAGGGUUGCAAAUAGAUGAAAAUUUCCUGCCUCGAUAUGACAUUGCGCUUCUUAAACUUAGCAGUCCUGUGCGUGGCCAGUUUGAACUAAUUGACCUCUGCAGUCGGAAAAUAGGCGGGUGGCAACCUUUAGGGGCUAUGGGCCUCGGGGCCAUUUCCGGCCAGACUUUUGAACUCCCCGAUACUUUGCUAGAAACUGUUUUCCACGAAACCUAUUUCCAAUCUACAAAUGUGUUUAACAUGAGAUUCUGUAAAGAGUAUAAUGUUUGCACUGAAAAUUUGUUUCAUGGCUCCAAUAUGUGCGCUAUGGACCAAGGCGGGCCAUUAGUGACCUACUACUGUGAGACAUUUGUGCCUCAAUGUUUGUAUGGCGUGGCUAGUUUUUACUUGUCCAAAAAUGGACAUCCGAGGGACGCUUGCAAUGGUGGCAGUACAUUCACUAGUAUUCCUUAUUUUUACGAAUGGAUCAAAAACACGAUUUACUCGAACGAUGGAUGAACGAGUCCAAACUUCUUGUUUAUUGGAAUCUUUGUUUUAAGAAUCAGAAAGCUGUAAGUUUUAAUUCAAACUUUCACAGA